AUGGCUGCAAGCAGUUCUGUUGCCUCUGGGGUUAAUAUUCCUUCGAAGGCUGCCGCCAAAUCAGCAGAAGUUGAAGAAAUUAUUGCUGAAGAAUCAUCAGAAGUGGAUGAUCCAAACAAACUUAAGGCCCAGCAAAGCGAGUCCGCCUGUCAAUCGCUUAGAAAGUUUGAAGCUAUUAUUGCUCCAAUUCUCUUCACUAUUCUUGGGGUACUUGUACGCGUUUACAAGAUUGGUGCUAACAAAUCUGUGGUUUGGGAUGAAGCUCAUUUUGGGAAGUUUGGUUCUUAUUACUUGAGACAUGAGUUCUACCAUGAUGUUCAUCCUCCUUUAGGUAAAAUGUUGGUCGGGUUUUCUGGUUACUUGGCUGGUUAUAACGGGUCUUGGGAUUUCCCAUCAGGUCAAGCGUAUCCAGAUUACAUCGAUUUCAUGAAGAUGAGAUUGUUCCAAGCCACUUUCAGUGCCCUUUGUGUUCCAUUUGCUUAUCUUACUUGUAAAGAAAUUGGCUUUGGGAUUUUGCCAACCUGGUUAUUCACUUUGAUGGUUGCUUUGGAACAAAGUUACGUGACUCUUGGAAGAUUUAUUCUUUUGGAUGCCAUGUUGUUGUUUUUCACCGUCACCACUGUUUAUUGCUUUGUCAGAUUCCACAAUCAAAGCGCCGAACCAUUUAGCAGAAAAUGGUGGAAAUGGCUUUUGUUGCUCGGUAUUUCCAUUGGUUGUGUUGAUUCUGUUAAGAUGGUUGGUUUAUUCGUUACUAGUUUGGUAGGGAUCUAUACCGUUGUUCAAUUGUGGCAAUAUUUCGGUGACAAAACCAUGUCCAACAAGAUUUAUUUCUACCACUGGAUCUCCAGAAUCUUUGCUUUAGUUAUGAUUCCAAUGACUGUGUUUAUGAUUUGCUUCAAGAUUCAUUUCGAAUUAUUGUGGCAUUCUGGUACCGGGGACGCUAAUAUGAACUCAUUAUUCCAAGCUAACUUGGUUGGUUCGAAUGUCGGUCUUGGUCCAAGAGAUGUUGCUAUUGGUAAUAGUGUUCUUACUCUCAAGAACCAAGGAUUGUCUGGUGGUUUAUUGCACUCGCAUGUUCAAACUUACCCAGAAGGUUCUCAGCAACAACAAGUUACUACCUAUUCCCAUAAGGAUCAAAACAACAACUGGGUUUUCCAAAGAGCUAGAUGGUUAGAACCAUACAGCAGAGAAGCUGAAGGGAAUUCUAGUGAAUUUGUUUACGAUGGUAUGGCUGUCAGAUUGAUGCAUCCAUCUACCGGUAGAAACUUACAUACCCAUGAUAUCCAAGGUCCUGUCACUAAAGGUCAACAAGAAGUUGCUUGUUACGGUAACUUGACUAUUGGUGAUGAAAAGGAUAACUGGAUUAUUGAAGUUGUCAACCAACAAGGUAACGAAAACAAAUCUAGACUCCAUCCUUUGACCACCUCUAUUAGACUUAAGAGUCAAAUUUACGGUUGUUAUUUGGGUACUUCUGGAGCUCAAUUGCCUCAAUGGGGUUUCCGUCAAGGUGAAGUUAUUUGUGUGAAGAAUUCUUUCAAAAGAGAUAAGAGAACUUGGUGGAACAUUGAAACUCAUGAAAACGAAAUGCUUGAUGCUCCAGCUCCUGAUUUCAAGUUGCCAAAGACCAAUUUCUUCAAGGAUUUCAUCCAAUUGAACUUGGCAAUGAUGGCAACCAAUAACGCUUUGGUUCCAGACCCAGAUAAGCAAGAUGAUUUGGCUUCUCAAUGGUGGCAGUGGCCUUCUUUGAAUGUUGGUAUCAGAUUAUGUGGAUGGCACGAUGAAAACCUCAAGUACUUCUUGAUUGGGUCCCCUGCUACCACAUGGACUUCCUCCGUCGCUGUUGUUGGUUUUGCAAUUUUGGUUGUUGUCUACGUUCUCAGAUGGCAAAGACAAUAUAAUGAUUUCCCUACUGCUACCGAACCAGUUACUCACAAACUUAACUUAUUCCUCAUGGGUGGGGUUUAUCCAAUGUUUGGGUGGGGUUUGCAUUUCGCACCAUUUGUCAUCAUGGGUAGAGUGACCUACGUCCACCAUUACUUACCAGCAUUAUACUUUGCCAUGAUGGUAUACACUUAUAUGUUCGAGUUAUUAUUGUCCCCACUUAACCGUAGUCCUUACAAGUACAAGAAGGUCUUAUACUUCUUGGCCUAUGCUACUAACUAUGCGUUGAUUGCCGGGGCUUUCUGGUACUUGAGUCCACUUAGUUUUGGUAUGAAGGGAUCCAAUAAGGAAUUCAAGAACUUGAACUUAUUGCCAUCAUGGAGAGUUUCUGAUGAAAAACUUUGGGACUGGGAAUAUUAA